CACAAAUCAUUUUGUGUGAUUAUUUCUCCUUUUUGGGAAGUGUAUGAGUAAAGGUUUAGGACUUUUACUACAAACUUUAUUAUACUAGCAGUAUGAAUACUGUAAAACUCCUGGUUUGUGAGGGUUUUUUUUUUUUUUUUUUUUUUUUAAGCUUGCAUUUCCCUCCAAUGCUUAAGAACUAAAGAGUCAAAACUCAGAAGUAUCCUCGAGAAAUUGGAAGGAUUUUAUUUCGAUCAGCUACAAACCUUCUAAAUUAAACGUUCUACACACCGCCUGUAAUCCCUCAGUACUCGAUCUUAAUUGGGGAUUCAGCUAAAUUAUCUUUUCGAUGAGAGCCACUGAUAGGCUCCUCUAGGAGAUGGUGAAAUUACUCAUAUCACUUACGAGACUUUUUAUAUAUUUAAAAAAGGGGGCAUUUUUAGAGACACAAAUUCUUCUAAUACUUCGUGAAGUGGUUCAGCUCGGAGAUAGCGAGGGCACUAAGCUCGGGCAGGGGGAGGGCUCCGUGGCUCGUCCUUGCAGGGUUCCUCGAGGUUAGCACCUCGCUCGGGAAGGAGCUGGAGGCAUCGGCCACGCCGCCGUGGGGUUGGGGACUAGGGAGAGUUAUUCCUCCUCCUCGGGUAAAGCCCGAACACGCUACGCGCGGGACGGGAAGGAGGGUGGAUCACAGCGGGACUCCCCGGCCCCGGACACAUGUUGCCCUUUUCGGUCUCCCGCCAAGCUCGGGGCGAUUGCAACCGCUCAGUCUAUAUUGGCUCAGGUAUGGCGAAACUGCAGUAGCGUGGCUUCGGAGCCACUCCAAGGGCCAGUCCCUCGGGCAGAGGAAGAGUUUAGCCUGCGGUGUCCAGGUGUGGGGGGAAAAGGAGGAGGAGCCUGGUGGGGUUCAGCCACACCCUCCUAGUGCCUGUCACUUUAAAGCAAAGAGGAAUUCCUGAGCCCGGCCCCCUUCCAGAAGCUCUGCUUGCUAUUGGCUCACAGAGAUGCCAGUUGAGGGCACAGGUUUCAUCAUCCUCUGGCAUGGGGCUUUCCCAUUGGUUCAGGGGCCGGCAGCUUGUAAAUGGUGCUGGGAAAGGGGGAGGGGAGGAGGGUGUGAGAGCAAGAGCUAGCGCGGCCCGGGCGGGAGCGAGAGGUUGGUUGGUUUCGCAAUCGUUUCUCGCUGUUCGCCGGUUCCAAAUCCUCGAAGUCAGGCGUUGGGGUCGCGCCUUAGCGGGGGCCUCGCUGGGUUCGCCUCGGGUGGAGGCCCCCCCUAGUUUACAUACUGGAUGUAGAAAGUAUUGUGGAUGAUCAUGUAAUAUUCUGAGAAUCAUCUGGGAAAAGAGGUGCAUGUGAAGACUUCUUGGCAGUUUAGUGUGGAAAGUGUCGGUCACUUGUGUCUUCUGCUCCCCUCCCCACCGUUUCUAACUCUGUGCUGUGGUGAAAGGAGAGUCUGUCCAAAUGAGCAAGACAUCCCAACAGAGUAGUGCUGCAGGGACCAACGGGAUAAGUGUUAUUCACGCACAGGCCCAUGCCAGUGGUUUGCAGCAGGUUCCUCAGGUGGUGCCAGUCAGUCCUGGGGGAGGAGGCAAAGCUGCACCUCCCAGCAAGCAAAGCAAAAAAAGUUCAUCUAUGGAUAGGAACAGUGACGAGUAUCGACAGCGAAGGGAACGAAACAACAUGGCAGUGAAAAAAAGUCGAUUAAAAAGCAAGCAGAAAGCCCAGGAUACCCUGCAGAGGGUCAACCAGCUUAAAGAAGAAAAUGAACGCUUGGAAGCAAAAAUUAAACUGCUGACUAAGGAAUUAAGUGUACUUAAAGAUUUGUUUCUUGAGCACGCACACAAUCUGGCAGACAAUGUACAGCCUAUGAGCACUGAAAGCACUACAACAAAUCCUGAUAACACAGGACAGUAGAGAUGUGGCUUCACAGUCUUAGGGAAUUGAACUUUAGAAGAUGUGACUUUCACCACACAUUAUUAUCAAAGUUGAUCUGUUCUAAUAUUUAAAGAUCCUUUUUUGGGAUAUUUUCUAGGUUAAGCACUGAAGAUUUGAUUAGCCUAAAAUGCUAACUUUUAUGUCUUUUUUGAAGUAAUAAGUUGCUUUUUAUGAAAUGUUGGAUAAUUUUUUCAAAGAUAUAAAAAUCUCAGAACUUGGUGUUAUUGCUAAGACUUGGAUUUCCCUAGAAAUGCUCAUCGUUUUGUCAUGGAAAAAUAGGAGUAUAUCAGGGAAGGGGCAGAUUGAGCAGAAGUCUGUUGGUUUGAAUGAAUGAAGAGAAUUGGAUGAAAAAAAUUGGUUAAAUAUUCUUUUAAAAUCUGUACACUGUAAUAUAAAUUGGGUCUUUGGAGACAGAUUCAUUUGUAAUAUUAGGGUUAUAAAUAUGUUGUUUUAACAUAAUUCGAAGCUUUUCCCUAGUUGGCAUAAAUUGCUCCUCAAUGGUAUGGCUAAUGUGUUACAAAUGAUUAUUAUAUAAACACGGAAUUUUAAAAAUUAUUAUGUAGCAAAUUGAAAUUGGCACACCAAAAUUGUAAAAGGCUAAGGGAACAAUUGGACUAAUACUUACUCUUAUAAGUGUCUAUAUCAGUGAAAUUUGUUAGAAUUCUGCAGUCAGAUUUCUGGGAUUAUAGGGAUAUUUGGAAAAAAGAAAAAUCAGGACGAUUUAGAACAACUCACAGAAAAACUGAAGUAUCUUUAAGUGUUAGUUUCAAAGAAUUGUUAAAAUAGACAUUUUUGGCUGUAUAUGUGGAAAAGUACUUUAUAUACAAUACUACCAGCCUGUUCAGUACUUGAUUCAAGAGGUAGUUUUACUGAGAAGGGAACUUUUCUUGGGUUACAAUUUUAUAAGGGAGCAUUCAUUAAAAAGUAGUUUUAUUUUAACAAAAGAAUGAUUUCUCAAAUAUGUGGCUGACUUCAUAUCUUUCCUGAAAAUACAAUGGUAAUGUACCAUUAACAUGGCUUUUAAACAGAGAAACUAAGAUGUCAAACCCUUUUAACUUAUUUCAUCAUUUAUAAUAUCAGCCUGGCAUAUUUCUUGUCUGGUCAUCACACUUAGAUUCUUCCAAAUCAUAGUGUACCAUUUAUUUCCAUUCAUUAACUUUUAAGCUUGUGUGUCCUAUAAACAUAUUUAGAAAGAGUAUGUUAGUAAGAAAGUUGUAAGAAUUUUGAUAAAAAUACAGAAUUAUUUUGUGAUUUAAAAUGUCAAAGGGACAGUUCCAUUUAAUAAUGGCAGUUUAAAAGUCUUAGCUUUUUUUUUUUUUUUUUUUUUUUUUUUUUUGGCUCUGCUUUAUCUUAUCUGUUUUACUUUGUGAGGUACAUGGAAAUGACUUCCUCUUCAUUUAGUAGACUUUAUCCAUUCUGUUGUGGAAAGAUUUCCCAACAGGUAAAUCUGUUUGGUUUGUGUCACUUGGAUCUUCUUGGCUGGGGCUAGUUUUUAGCUGAAGUGUUGUGCUCCAUUAUCAGUAUCAUUAAGACAGUUUAGGGAAGUAGCAGUACCUUUUAUUUACCGAGUGGAAUACUUGCAGUGGAAACUAUGAAGGUUUUCAAUAACGAAUAAAAGUUUCUCCUUUCUUGGCAUCUAAGUCAUUUUGUUUGUCAUUAGAACUCUUUGGCUUAGAGGAAAGGAGAGACUGGAAACUUAUAGGAUGAAAUUGCUAAUUAGGAUUUGGUUUAUAUUGUCAAAUUGAACUGAUUUGAAUCUUCUAUUAGACUCAGUAGUUGGAACUGUGAUAAGUGACAUUGGGCUUGCUUAUUGGAAUAGGAUGGGAGUUACCUAAAGCUUUUGUAGUUGUAGCUUUGUGAAGAAAAGAGCCAUGACUUUAGAAAUGAUUGGACCCUGUUUUUUUUUGUUGUUGUUGUUGUUGUUGUUUUUGGCAAACAUUACUGACUUCAUAUGAAGCAAGGAAAGAAUAUGGAGGAAGAGCGGGGUUUGUAAAGACCAGCUUAUUGUGUUGACUUGAAAUGUUUAGCUACCUGUUAAAGCUAAUAGAGGUUUUGAUUAACUAGUUACCCCAUAUGUCUAUAGAAGCACGUUGAAGCUUGAACAUUCAAUAUUUUUAAAAUGAAAUUUUCAUAUCUAAGGACAUCAGUUCACUUACUGCCAAGCACAUAUAGUUUUUUUCCUCUAUGUCAUUUGCUGAUAAACACAGCCAUCAUAGAAAUAUAGAAUGCCAGUUUCUAGAAAUCUAAUCAAAUCCCCUUAUGAUAUAGAUGAUGAAACUAAGAUAUAGAAAAGUUGUAACUUGCCCAAAAUCAUGUGGCAAAUUAGUGAUUGAGCUAAGACUAGUAUCCCAGUCUCCUGACUUCCAGUCCCAUGUUCUUUACUAUGAUAAUAACCUCAUCAGACUUGAUAUGUUUUACAGUGAUUCCAGGGGAAUUUGUGGGUUCUAUUGAGGGGGUUAGAUGUGUGUUAUAUAUUUUAAAAUCAGCUAAAAUAUAAUUUGAAACUAUUUCUUAAGUAGAUUCAAGCUUUUAUGCUUGAGCUUAAAUUACAGAGUUUUAGUUUAAGAUACAUUAGAGACAAUUUUCAUAGUACACAAAAGUAAAAGUGCAUUUGUAAUACCUUAUAUGUUGGGUUGGAAUGAGGGCUUUGGUUUUAGUGGAAUAACAGAUAAGUACAUAAUUUCAAAGGAAAACCAAAUGUUGGGAAAUGACAAAGUUGAAAGCUUCUGAGAUUAUCAAAUUAACUUUGUAUUCUUAAUGCUGCCCUAAAGCCACAGAAUUUGGUUUGUAGGUUAUGCCAUUCCUUUGGCCUAUGUACCGAGUUUCUACACAAACUGGUGGGCUGGUGGUCUUCAAUUUAUAUUUUACUUUUGAAAUCAUCAGUUUUUGAAAGCUUCAGAAUACAAGAUUUCACCAUCUAAAAGCUUACUUUUGCUUAGACUCAGUUAAUUUCAUCGGCUUAUUGUUACAAAAAGAACUCCAGCACAGUAGAAGACAUGCUAACAAAGUGGAACCACGUUCUAGAAAAUCAGGGCUUAGAAAUUUGGAAAAUGACAUAAAUUGGAAGUGUGUGUUGUGUAAUUUAAAGCACUUCAGCUUUCUCUGUUGUCUUUAACAGGACUACAAUAUUUAACCUAAACCAGAUAGUGCUCAGAGUGCUCCAAACUGCCUUAGAAAUAGGGAAGCUGGUUUUUUAUGUUGAAUUGACUGAAGCUAGGGAGAAGAAAGACCACUUUAUGGCUGUUAGCUCUGCCUCUCAGGAAAAAAAAAAAGUACCAACUUGUUCUUUCUAUUUCUGGCUUUUCUCAGUUUGUGAGAUUUCUAUUUUUUUAAUAAAAUUUAAUCCAAUGAAUUUGAAAUAAAAAUCUUUGGAACAAUGGUA